AAACAGAAUAAUCAACCUCUUUUAUAGAAGGAGAGAAAGGUAGAUAGAGACCCAUUAAAUAUCAAAAAGUUUCACUGCUCUGAGAGAGAGAGAGAGAGAGAGAUACUUUGACAAGAAAGCUUUGAUCUUUUCCAGUUCUUGUGUUUCUUUCUGUUGAGUUUUGCUCCAGAAGAGGACUGUUGUCUCUCAAGAAUUCCAUAGAAAAAUUACUGCAUAAGCAUGAGAAUCAUGGUUUGAAUGGCGAGUCAUAGAGUUGGAUUGACUGGUUUAAUGUCAGACACAGGAACUUCAAACCACCAUAUCCCAUAUUCACUUCUUCAUGGGAUUACUAAUAAUCCUCCUUUAAGUUUCAUUAAUCAAGAAGGAUCUUCUUUUGAUUUUGGAGAUUUUGAGGAAGCUAUUGUGCUGCAAGAAGUUAAGAUCAAUAAUAAUGAUGAAGCUAAAUCAUCUUUUUUUACAGCGAGCAGGCCUCCUCCUGCAGCUACUCUGGAAAUGUUCCCUGCAUGGCCUAUGAGAUUCCAUCAUCAAACCCCAAUAGGAAGUUCAAAAUCAGGAGGAGAGACUAGUACUGACUCAGGAUCAGCAGUGAACACGCUUCCAAGUAAGGUCGAGGCACAUCUGGAACCAGAAUCUCCUAUGAGUAGAAAGGCAUCUUUAGAUCAUCAGAGUUUUGAUCAGAGGAAUGCCCAGAUGCCACACCAACAACAGCAGCAGCAGCAGCAACAACAACUAGAGAUGGCAAGUGAUGGCCCUAGAACUGGAUUAUCAGAGUCUCAACAAGCUGCCAAACACACCCCAGAAAAGAGGAAAGGACCUGGAGGUUCAACAUCAGAGAGAGCACUUGAUGCCAAGACACUGAGACGUUUGGCGCAGAACAGAGAAGCAGCAAGGAAGAGCCGAAUCAGAAAAAAGGCGUAUGUGCAGCAGCUGGAGACAAGUAGGAUAAAGCUUUCUCAGUUGGAGCAGGAUCUUCAGCGAGCUCGAGCUCAGGGAUUGUUUCUGGGAGGAGGUGGCGGUGCAGGUGGAAAUAUCAGUUCUGGUGCGGCGAUGUUUGAUAUGGAAUAUGCAAGAUGGUUAGAUGAUGAUCACAGGCACAUGUCGGAGCUCCGGUCAGGGUUGCAAGCGCAUUUAUCGGAUAGCGAUCUUACGUUGAUAGUAGAUGGAUACAUUGCUCAUUAUGAUGAAAUUUUCUGCCUCAAGGGAGUGGCUGCCAAAACUGAUGUGUUCCACCUCAUCACCGGAAUGUGGACUACUCCGGCCGAGCGUUGCUUCCUCUGGAUGGGCGGUUUUCGGCCCUCAGAGCUCAUCAAGAUGUUAAUAACCCAAUUAGACCCAUUAACAGAGCAGCAAUUCAUGGGGAUAUACAGCCUCCAACAUUCAUCACAACAGGCAGAGGAGGCUCUUACUCAGGGAUUAGAACAGCUUCAACAGUCUCUCAUCGACACUGUUGCGGGUGUCUCUCUCAACGAUGGCAUGCAUCAUAUGGCUGUUGCUCUCGGCAAGCUCACCAAUCUUGAAGGCUUUGUUCACCAGGCAGAUAUAUUAAGACAACAAACUCUUCAUCAACUGCGCCGAAUAUUAACAGUUCGACAAGCAGUACGGUGUUUUUUGGUAAUUGGCGAGUACUAUGGUCGACUACGAGCUUUAAGUUCCCUUUGGACAUCUCGUCCACGAGAGACUUUGAUUAGCGAUGAUAACUCGUGCCAAACAAGCACGGAUUUGCAAAUGAUGCAAUCUUCACAAAACCACUUCGCGAACAUUUGAUCCAAAUCAUGAUAUAUAUAUAUAUAUAUAUAUAGCCAAAAAGCGAUGAAGAAAACCAAGAAGAUGACCAUGCAUUCCCCUAUAGCUUAUGUGGUGGCAUUACAUUUAUUCAAAGUACUUAGAGGAGAGAGAGGAUUUUUUCUUUUAAUUUUCUAAUUAAACUUUUGUUUUUUGCUUUUAGAUUUUUAAUAUUUUCAUAUUAAUAUUAUGUCACCUUGUAAAUUUAAAUCAAUUUCAUGUGGAUGAGGAAGGUUCUA